AUGACAACAACAGUUGGAAGUUAUCUCGCUACAAGGCUUUCUGAAGUGGGCAUCGAAAAUCAUUUCGUGGUUCCCGGGGACUAUAAUUUGGCACUUUUAGACAAAUUACAGGCACACCCUAAGCUGGAAGAGGUGAAUUGCUCCAAUGAAUUAAACUGCUCCUUUGCCGCCGAGGGAUACGCCAGAUCGAAAGGUGUGGCUGCAGUUGUUGUCACAUUCAGCGUUGGCGCUUUCUCCGCUUUCAAUGGUAUCGGUAGUGCUUACGGUGAGAACCUCCCUGUGAUCUUGAUCGCAGGCUCUCCCAACACGAACGAUUCGAUCGAUCACAAUCUUCUUCACCACACCAUUGGUACUCACAACUUUGAUUACGAAUUCGAAAUGGCCAAAAAGAUUACCUGUGCUGCUGUGCAAAUCAAGCACGCAAAAGAUGCACCAAGUCUGAUUGACUUUGCAAUCAGGGAGUGCCUAGCUAAGAAAAAACCCUGUUACAUUGAAGUUCCCACCAACAUGUCCACGCAGUCGUGUGCUUUGCCAGGUCCAAUUGAGGGAGUGUUGUAUCAAUCGCCCAGUGAGCCAAAGACCUUGACCGCAGCUGUAGACGCCGCUAACAAGCUUAUUGGAAGUCGUUUGAAACCAACAUUGUUGGCAGGACCAAAGUUGAAGUCAGCAGGUGCAGAAAAGGCGUUUUUGAGAUUAGCUGAAGCGUUGGGCUGCGCAGUGGCAGUCCUACCGGCAGCAAAAUCUCUCUUCCCCGAAGACCAUCCACAAUAUGCCGGCGUUUACUGGGGCAAUGUCAGCACCAAAAAGGCAGAUGCCAUCCUACAGUGGUCCGAUCUGACCAUAUGCGCCGGAUGUGUGUUCACUGAUUACAGUACAACUGGUUGGACUUCCCUUCAACCAGCUACUCACAGAAUAGAGGUUGACUCUGACAAUGUCAAAUUUCCAGACCACUAUUACGGGCACAUCAAGCUUGCAGACUUCUUAGAUGCUUUAGCCAAAAAAGUUUCUAAAAAUGACAAAAGUGUGGUCGAAUAUCAGCGUUUGCGUCCGGUACCUCCAGCCAUUAAGGCUGCAGAACCUUCUGCUGCCAUAACCAGACAAGAGAUGGCACGUCAAAUUCAGGGAAUCAUAAACUCUAAGACGACAUUGUUUGCUGAAACUGGUGAUUCUUGGUUUAACGGCGUUCAAAUGGAUCUUCCCAAGGGUGCCAAAUUUGAGGUCGAAAUGCAGUGGGGCCAUAUCGGCUGGUCGGUUCCAGCUUGCUUCGGGUACUCGGUGGGUGCGCCAGACAGAGAGAUUGUCACCAUGGUCGGAGAUGGCUCCUUCCAAAUGACGGUUCAGGAGGUUGCCCAGAUGAUUCGUUUGAAACAGCCCAUUCUGAUUUUCUUGAUCAAUAACUAUGGCUACACUAUCGAGGUGGAAAUUCACGAUGGACCAUACAAUAACAUCAAGAACUGGAACUAUGCAGCCCUAAUGGAGGCAUUCAACGCAAACGACGGGCAUGGCAAAGGCUUUCAAGUGAAAACAGGCGCUGAGCUAUCGGAAGCCAUUAAGAAGGCCAAAAGUAACACUAGGGGUCCUACUUUGAUUGAGAUUCAGAUCAAUAGGGAUGACUGUACCAAUGAGCUCAUUUCUUGGGGUCACUAUGUCGCUCUGGCCAACGCUAGACCUCCAAUCACUUGA